UGAAUCAGGUUUUGAGUAUAACUGAAGAUCUACUACCAGUUACUGGUUACAUAUGGCUUCGAAGUCAUUCAAGGCGAGUCGAUCGCCUUUAUCGAUAUCCUCAGAUGUGGAAGAUUCACAAUCAAACAAGCUUCCAUUGCCUAAAGCAAUUACACUUGGCCGGAGAACUUCGUCUGCACGAUAUAGCAGCUGUUCCAGGGAUGAUGACAGUGAGUUCGGGUCCGGGAAUGGUGAAUACUCGAGCUACACUGUACACAUACCGCCAACACCUGACAACCAGCCAGCCACACCUCCCUCGGAUAAUCAACCGAUGGAUGCGAUCUCUCAGAAGGUUGAGGAACAUUAUGUGUCGAGUUCUCUUUUUACCGGCGGGUUCAAUAGUGUCACUCGAGCUCAUCUCAUGGAUAAGGUAAUUGAAUCUGAAACAAAUCAUCCGCAGAUGGCUGGUGUAAAGGGAUCUUCGUGUCAGAUUCCUGGAUGUGAUGCUAAGGUUAUGAGUGAUGAACGUGGUAUGGAUAUACUCCCGUGUGAAUGUGAUUUCAAGAUAUGUCGAGAUUGUUAUUUGGAUGCAGCUAAAAUGGGCGAGGGGAUCUGCCCUGGGUGCAAAGAGCAGUACAAGGCCACAGAUCUGGAUGGUGACUUUGCUGAAAAAGCGAGGCCACUUUCGUUGCCACCACCAACAAUUGAGAUGUCGAAAAUGCAGAGGAGGUUAUCUUUGAUGAAAUCAACAAAGUCUGGACUAAUGAGAAGUCAGACCGGAGACUUUGAUCACAACAGGUGGCUUUUUGAAACUAGAGGCACCUACGGUUAUGGAAAUGCUAUAUGGCCAAGUGGGGAAGGAAUAAACAAUGGGAAAGAUGACGAUGCUGUUGAGCCGAAAGAACUGAUGAACAAACCAUGGAGACCUCUCACCCGCAAAUUGAAGAUUCCGGCUGCUAUUCUCAGCCCAUACAGGCUUUUGGUUGCUAUUCGUCUGGUUGUUCUGGGGUUAUUCUUGACAUGGAGAGUCAGGAACCCAAACAAUGACGCAAUCUGGCUGUGGGGUAUGUCUGUUGUUUGUGAAAUAUGGUUUGCAUUCUCUUGGAUUCUUGAUCAACUGCCUAAGCUGUGCCCUGUGAACCGCGCCACAGAUCUUAAUGUACUGAAAGAAAAGUUUGAAUCGCCAAAUGGCAAAUCUGAUCUCCCUGGUAUAGAUGUCUUUGUCUCUACUGCAGAUCCAGAGAAAGAACCUCCUCUUGUCACAGCAAAUACUAUAUUGUCAAUCCUAGCUGUGGAUUAUCCUGUCGAAAAGGUUGCCUGCUAUGUUUCUGACGAUGGAGGUGCACUUCUUACCUUUGAGGCCAUGGCUGAAGCUGCCAGCUUUUCCAAUACAUGGGUUCCAUUUUGCCGUAAGCAUGAUAUUGAGCCGAGAAAUCCAGAAUCUUAUUUCAGUUUGAAGAGAGACCCAUAUAAGAACAAGGUGAAAUCGGACUUUGUAAAGGAUCGUAGACGGGUGAAACGUGAAUAUGAUGAGUUCAAGGUCCGGAUCAAUGGCCUUCCUGAUUCUAUUAGGCGUCGUUCUGAUGCUUAUCAUGCUAGAGAGGAGAUAAAGGCCAUGAAGCUGCAAAGGCAGAGGAGAGAUGAAGAACCCCUUGACACUGUGAAGAUCCCAAAAGCCACUUGGAUGGCUGAUGGAACUCAUUGGCCAGGCACUUGGAUGCAACCCUCAGCCGAUCAUUCAAAGGGUGAUCAUGCUGGAAUUAUACAGGUAAUGCUGAAACCUCCUAGUGAUGAACCAUUGAGAGGCGCGAUUGAUGAUAGCAGGCUAAUGGAGUUGAGCGAAGUCGACAUCCGUCUUCCAAUGCUGGUGUAUGUUUCUCGAGAGAAGCGACCCGGAUAUGAUCACAACAAGAAAGCAGGAGCCAUGAAUGCUUUAGUCCGAGCUUCAGCAAUCAUGUCCAAUGGUCCCUUCAUUCUCAACCUGGACUGUGAUCACUACAUCUACAACUCUCAAGCUCCUAAAGAAGGCAUGUGUUUCAUGAUGGACAGGGGCGGGGAUCGCAUUUGCUACGUCCAGUUCCCUCAAAGAUUCGAAGGCAUCGACCCCAGCGAUCGUUACGCGAAUCACAACACGGUUUUCUUUGAUGGCAACAUGAGAGCCCUCGACGGUCUCCAAGGCCCUGUUUAUGUCGGAACCGGUUGCCUUUUCCGUAGGAUUGCCCUUUACGGAUUCGAUCCCCCACGAACUAAAACACACUCACGUUGCUGCGGCUGUUGUUUUCCCCGGAGUAAAAAGAUAAACGAUAAAGAAGAGAACCGCGCUCUUAGAAUGGGAGAUUCCGACGAUGAGGAUGGAAACCAGCUCUCCAUAACUCCGAAACAGUUCGGAAACUCGAGCUUUCUAGUCGAUUCAAUCCCGUUAGCGGAAUUCCAAGGACGUCCCCUUGCUGAUCAUCCUUCGAUAAUUAACGGGAGACCUCCAGGGGCUCUCACUAUUCCCCGGGAGCUUCUCGACGCGUCGACAGUGGCAGAGGCAAUCGGGGUCAUCUCGUGCUGGUACGAGGAGAAGACAGAAUGGGGGGAGCGUGUUGGAUGGAUCUAUGGGUCGGUCACGGAAGACGUGGUGACGGGUUAUCGCAUGCAUAACCGUGGCUGGAGAUCAAUUUACUGCGUGACGAAACGCGACGCCUUCCGUGGAACCGCCCCCAUUAAUCUAACGGACAGGCUUCAUCAGGUCCUACGUUGGGCAACUGGCUCCGUCGAGAUCUUCUUCUCGCGUAACAACGCAUUGCUGGCGAGCUCAAAGAUGAAGUUCCUGCAGAGAAUCGCAUACUUAAACGUCGGUAUCUACCCGUUCACUUCCAUAUUCCUGAUCGUAUACUGUUUCCUUCCCGCAUUAUCCCUGUUCUCCGGGCAAUUCAUCGUCCAAACAUUGAACGUGACAUUCCUCGUCUACCUUUUAACGAUAACCGUCACCCUCUGCUUACUCGCAAUUCUCGAGAUCAAAUGGUCUGGUAUCGAGUUAGAGGAGUGGUGGAGGAACGAACAGUUCUGGUUGAUAGGUGGAACCAGCGCUCACAUUGCUGCCGUUCUUCAAGGGCUGUUAAAAGUGGUGGCCGGAAUCGAGAUAUCAUUCACAUUGACUUCAAAAUCUUCGGGUGACGACGAGGACGACGAGUUUGCUGAUCUUUACGUCGUGAAAUGGACGUCGCUGAUGAUUCCUCCAAUUACGAUUAUGAUGACGAACUUGAUCGCGAUAGCGGUGGGGGUAGCGAGGACGAUUUAUAGUACUAUACCGCAAUGGAGCCGAUUGAUAGGAGGGGUAUUCUUUAGCUUUUGGGUAUUGGCUCAUCUUUAUCCAUUCGCUAAAGGGUUGAUGGGAAGAAGGGGAAGAACGCCUACUAUAGUUUUUGUUUGGUCGGGGCUUUUGGCGAUUAUCAUAUCGCUGCUUUGGGUAUCGAUUAAUCCUCCUUCAACUACUGACCAAAUCGGAGGGUCGUUCCAGUUUCCUUGAAUUGUCGGGUGAGAUUAAUUUUAAUUCUUUUGGCGAUUAUCAAGUGCUUUAUUUAGAUUGAAUUUGUCAUUUUUUCAGGAAAAUUUGCAGACAGUAAAUUAAUUAUUACAUGUUCUUGUCGUGUUUUGAUUAAA